CUCUCGGAAACAGUGGAACAGUCAAUAUCUGGAAGAAGUUUAGUCUCGCAAAAGAAGGCUCUUCAUCACAAAAUAGAGCCUAAUAUAGUUGUGAUUUUAUUUCAGUUUAUUAUUACUGUCUAAGCUGCAGUAGGAUUAUGAAAAACCAUAAGUGGAUUAAUUCAACUUCUCUCUAAAGCAGAUAGUAAAGUUUGCAUUUCAACGAAUGUUACUCCAGUAUUUCGUGGAAAAAGAAAGAAAGAAAGAAAAAAAAUUCAAGGCGUAGAACAAUUUUUCAUUACGAGAGAUCGUGUUUAGUGGAUUAAACAGAAGAAAGCAGCGGACAGCAUUUAGGCAGUAAAAAAUAUUUUCAUUUAUUUUCGAAACGAACGAAGAAGAGUGAAAGAGAGAGAGAGAGAGAGAUAUUCAGACGGCCUAGAGCAAAGUGGAAUCCUAAAAAAGAUUAUAUACACCAGAACAGAAAGAAGCAACAUCAGCCAGUCUACUAAAUAUUGAAGCGGUUCUCCAUGGCGAAAGCGGAAUCCAGACAUAACAACAAUGAACUUCAAACUAACGAAAGUGGAACAGACGAAGUGGAAAAGUCACUGGAACUGCUCGAUAAAGUCUUAUCGGAGUUUGAGGAAGAGCAAGAGAAUUCGCCAGCUGGUGAGCCGGAGAGUCCGUCGCAAGGCCAUCAAUCAGAAGACGAUGGUUACAUGAGUAUGAAUGGUAGAAGAGCGAAAUUUGUACCUGACUUUCAGCCGACUGAGGAGGUUGCACAACCUGCCCUUUCUACACAGCCUAACGUGCCGCCUGAUGAGAAACUUUCACCUCCCACGCCUGAAGAAGCUGAACGAAUAAUUUCACAUUUACUACCACGCAUUUCACCAUCAACGACUCAAGGGGAGCUCAAUAAUUCAGCGAUGCCUUGUAUUGAAUUCAAAUUUAUCAACAAUAACAAUAGCAUACGAUCAUCAAAUAUAUCAUUUGGCACAAAAUAUCCGAUGAACGUUGAGUCUGAAGCAUCAUCAGCUUUAAAUUCCAUAGUUUCAACAAAUGCUCCACUUCAAACGACAUUGCCGAAAACACGUCCAGCGACUGUUGUUCCAUCACGUUAUGCCAGUCUUCCAUCAUCAAAUACACCGAGAAAUCUCGAGCAUGAACAUCAUCCCGGUGGGAACGUUUAUAUUGGACGAAAUUUUAUUGGCAUCGGAAUAAACGACGUUCACAAUGCCGUGCUGAAAAGUGGAGCACGAAUGCCUGAAACUAUCGUUAACGAGCACCCUGUGACAAUCUACCCAGGACCAUUACCCCAGAAACGUGUUCCACCUCGUACGCUCCCUGGUUCAAUAGAGCGACAUCGCGAGGUUUGUCGAAAAAAUCCAUCAUCUGACCACUCGUCGUCAUCAACAUCAUCAUCAUCAUCGCAGGAACUUAAGUCACCAAUCAAAGAGCUUACCACACCACCAAUCCAACCUAACAAUGGAUUUAUAUUGAAAAACGAUGACUUUAUAAAGCGACCAAAAUCACCAAUGUCAACAGCACAUUCACCAUCAAAUGCUCCACCAUUUGGAAUUAAAAUCAGCAUUCAAUCGAUGGACAAUCUCAUGAAUAACCGCAAUAUCAUUCACAAUGCUAAAAUGGAACAGAAAAUGAAUAUGAAGAAUAGCAAGAGAAAUAGUCGAUUGAGUAAUAAUGAAGACGACGACGAUGAUAAAUUUUCGGAUGAUUCUCUUGAGGAUAUUUCGUUGCCACCUCCAGCACCUCCACCUGUGAUUCCACCACCGCCUUCGUUAUCAGCUCCAGUUACGCCAAGUAAACGUCACAGCAUCGCAUGGGAAGUGAAUCUUGAUGAUUUAUGUUCAAGUGGUAAUGGAAUCAGCACGAAGGUAAUUGGACGUCGACAGCAUGGAAAAAUUGUCGCUGGAUGUGAAUCACAGUCGCAGUCAAGUAUUUGUUCGACGCCAGGUCAAAGUUCAGCGAGUAACAAGAUUUCAAGUGAUUGGCCUGAUCCACCUGACAUCCCCAUCUGCAGUACUGAAGAUGAAGCAGCAAGCAUAUAUUCUGAUUCAGAUGACGUAGUUCCACCCGGAGUUGACAUUUCAGACGGUCGAGGUACGUAUGUAAUAAAGAAAGGUCGAAGACGUCAACGAAUCGACGACUUUGCUGGUUCAGCUUCAAUGUCAUCAAUUAAUUCGAAACUAAGCAAUGAGGGAUUGUGCAACGAUAGUAAUUCAGCUCUUAAUGUGCCAAGUCCCGUGUAUCCACCAUCAAUGAUGAUGCCAAAUUCACGUCACAGCAUUGACUUAGGUGGUUCGCCACGUCAUCACAAGCAUCAACAUUCUUAUCAUCCACCAAAUGUUGUUAAUACACCAAGAUCACGUUUAUCAUUAGAUUUAAGUUCACCAACUGUCACAAACACCGGCUCUUUUGACAAGGCCAAGACAAAUACGCCAACGUCAUCAUCCACACCAACAGCAACCAAAUCACCCUCAGUCACUAAACUUAAUACACCCACAUCACCUCUUGUGGCUAAUUCUGCUCCAUUUCCAUCCAGAUAUACUGAAUUUAAGACAUACAGUUCAACAUUCGAUGGAUUGCAAGCACUUGAGAGUCACAAUGGAAGUGCAAAUAUCACUGUCAAUGGAAUAAGUGGCAAUCGUGUAGCACCACAAGUUAGUUCAUCACCAGAUAAUCCAUUGAUGCGAGUCUCAUCAUUGCCUGCUAUUCCACCACAAAAUCAGUUAUCAGGCGAGUCGGCAUCGACACCACGUCGAGAGUUGGCGCCACCAAUCGAAGAAGAUGAAGAAGACAGUGAUGGAACAAGAGCUGCGCCAUUAAGGCAAAUUGAGAAUAAUAUAAGUGCGUUGUUACGUGGGGAAAUUCAAGUUGCUCAAGUCCCAGCGGCAAGGCCAACAAGACCGAUGGGCUUUCGUCCUGGAGUUCAUAAAUCUGAAAGUGCCAAGGAGAUGCUUUUAUCGCAGCAAUAUUUCGGUCCAUUGCCUGCAUCGCCCCCAUCAUCAAGUCCUGAAAUGGAUAGUGAUGAAUUUCCACCAUUGCCACCAUCUCCAUCACCAGAAGAGCCGAUUUUAUCACAUGGAAUUCAAAAUAUUGGAAUUUCAUCACGUGGCCGAAUAAAGUCUGAUCAUAGUUAUCGAAAAGAGCAUCGAGCACCAGCAAUACCGGCACAUGCACCUUCUUUGAACACUCUUAAAACACGAUCAAUGGAUGCUGGUUUUAGUAAAUCUUAUAGAAAUGGUUCAGUGCCAGCUUCAUCGCCAAGAUCACCUGGUCGGACACUUCCACCAGAUCUUCCAUCAAGUACAUCGUCAAGAAGACGUCUUAUGAGUAGUGGAUUCCCGAAAAGAUCAGCUCAAAGUCCACGUGAAGAACGUCGCUUGCAAACAUCAUGCAGUUUACCAGAAACACCAAUCUUUGCUCGAGGAUGUGAUAUACCUCGAACACCGCAUCGUCGUGCCCCGGAUCCACCUAACUCAUGUGGUUCAAGAACGAAUCCUCGUCAAAGUGGCUUGAACUCUUCAUCAAUCGUUGGAAUUGGCUGCACGACGAUUGGAAGCAGCGCACGACAUCGAAGUAUAAAUCAUGCCUUACAGGCAAAUGGAGAAAUGUUGAGACUUUCAGGAUUACCGGCACGUGGAUGGUAUCCUAAGCAACGUCACGCGAGGUCAACGGCAUCGACUGAACAUUUAGACCGGUUACAUCAAGGAUCAAUGAGAGCAUGGGAUUCAAGUGCGUGUAGAAAGCCAACAACACUUCCACCUAAUAUGACACCGCCAAAGUUCUUUAAUAAAUCACCACGAGAAGCAUUGCGUCGUGUCACAAGCUUAUUAAUUAACCGGAAAGGAAAUUCAACUCCGAAAGAAAAGGAAAGCAACAAACGCGAGAAGCUUAAAGAGCGGGACACUGACAAUGUUUUUGUUCAGCCAACAACGGCAGUUCAACGUUCGCCGCGAUCACUUGGAGACAUUGAGCCACCCCCACAACAGAAGAAAAAAGGAUUCUUCAAGAGCUUCUGGAAGAAAUCACGCCAUUAUUCAUUAGAACAAAACUAAGAAACGACAGGCUAUGGCGGAAGCAGGAAAGCUUUUCUCGGUGUUUGUCUUCCGUAAAACUCCGAUGAAAAAGCUUAAAAAAAUUUAAUUAGAGUAGAACGAAAGAAAAGUUUCUGUUUUUGUUCUUUUCGUAGGCUGUUGAUGUAAAUUUUAGUUGAAUGUGUUUAAAAAUGAAUCAGAAAAAUUUCUAUAAAGCAGUGAGGGAAAUCAAAUAAUGAUUUGAAUUUAAUGCUGAUGACGAAUAUUCUGAUUCACAAUAUUUUCUUUUUCUUGAUAUUUUAUUUUUUUGCCAUGAGAUUGAAUCUUGACUUGCAAAAAUAUUCAACGACAAUUGCGCCUGAUUUCGGGCCUAAGACGAUGAUAAAGAAAAUGUUUUAUUUAAUCAAUUGUUUUUACCUACCGUGACUGGGAAUCUUUUGUAAAUAAUCUCAAUGAUGAUAAUAUUUCCACUGUACUCCUAACUAAUCAUAAAAAUAUUUAUUAUCGAUUCAAGGAAGUUUACUUUUCUUAUUGAAUGAAUCAUUUAAUUUUUUUAUUAUUUUUUGACUUAACAAGCAUAACAUGAAUGCUUAAUAAAUUUAUUCAGAAAGUUUACUGAUUAUUCAUUAACAUUAAUUGAAAGAAAAACUUUUUUUUCUAAUGAGAAAUGAAAAACAAAAAUCUUCAAAAAAAUAAAAUAAAUUUAGAAAAGAAUAUUUCAAGUGAGACUUAUCCAGUUCAGUAUUAGAAUUUCUACUCUAAAAAGCAGCAGGUUGGUCUUGCCCAGUAAUUUACACAUUUAAUUAAUGAUCUUGUUCACCUCAACCCUCCCAAAAUUCACACAUCACCUCAUUCACAAUUCAUCUCGAAUCAAUUUAAUUAAAUUGCUUUCGAGAAGCAAACACGAAACGAUAAAUAAUAAAAGUAUAUUGCAAAUCACCAUGUUUGUUGCACAAUCUCAAACACAAAUUAAUAGUUGAAGCGAGAAAUAUUCAUGCGACAUUGAAAGCUAAUUACUUUUUCAAUUGUAAAAAAUAUUUCUCGCCCGUCCAAAUGUUGCGACAUCAACUCCUAAUAAAGUCACAUAGAAAACAGAAAUAAAAGUUCAUUUCGAUAUCAGUCAGCAAUGAAAAUCUAUUGAAGGCACAAACAAAGAAUAACAACAACUUUUAUCACCAAUUAGACUAGACAACUUUUUAAAAAUAGGAAUCAACGGGCUUAAUUAGACUUUAAAUCACAUACAAGGCAACAUACAUGCAUAAGUAAAUAAUUUUCCUCCAGAUUACUUGAAACAAUGGCAAAUGGUUCUAUAUUGUAAUACGAAACUAACAUGAAAUUUAAAUCCACAUACAGCAAUUAACGAUAUGCUUUUUGAUACCAAAAUCCAAUAAAUAAAAUCUUGAAAACAUGAAAAACGAUCUAGUUAAGGCUAAUAGGCAAAGUAACUAAUCCUGAUAAACAUUUUCUACCCAAAACAAAAAAAAAAGUUUUUCCUUCUUCUUAAAUAUCUUUCGAUCAUCAAUCAUUCGAUUUAUCUAAAUAGAGAACGAAACAUUUGAAUCUUCAGUCGAGAAAAAAGGGAGAGAAAGUUUUUAGUGAAUCUUUAUAAGAAUAUCUAAAUAUUUUAUAACUAUCAGCAACUUUCUUUAGAUUAACCACAAAUAUUUACAAAUAGAUUGAGUUCAUAAGAAAUAGAUACGAGGGAUUUAUUUAAUCGAAAACCUUAGUUAACAGAUUUUCCAUUGAUGUCUGCUGAUACGAACGUAGUCUUAGAAACUCCCCUUUGUUGAAUAAAGAAUAUCGAAAGAGACAUUCAACAGAUUGUAAUCGAAGUCGAUUUCUAUUUCCCUUCAAUUAACGUUAUGUUUUGUUCUACUAUGACAUUCACUAAUAACAACCCUGAAAAGAUUUGAUAUUUGUAUAGAAAUGGACAAAAGGAAAAACUAAUAAAUGAAAAAUGGUAUAAAAAAUAAAGGGAAAAUAAGAAUUUGAUGAAAGUGAAAGUUUUCUUUGUUGAGUUUUUUAUUAACAUUGAAUUUCAGGUGUUCUUCAAAUCGACAUCGCUAAAUCAUCCAAAAGAAUCUUUAAUAAAACCAAAAAGUUUUUCCUUCUUUAUCAUGUAAAGUUUUUCAUUUUAUUUCUUGUUUCUUUUUAUUUUCCUUCGCCUUUAUCAAUUCAUCGGAUAGCAAAUGUUUAUGUUUCUUUCCAAAAUGAUCAUCAUCGGAGAAAGUUUUCGUGAUUUAAGAUGAAGACUAAUCACAGUGAUUUUCUUCCGGUAAUAUUUUCCAUGCAAAACAAUUAAAAAGUUUUUAAAUGAAACCUCACAGUUUGUUUACUUUAUUUCUUCAUUUUCCUUUCCUUAAUGUUGCGA